AUGGUGAUUGGCUGUGACGUGUGGGUGCGCCUGUCCCGACCCGAGCGCCGCGGCGUCAGGGGAAACUCGCUGACCGCACACUUUCUCCAGACCAGUGUCCAUCCCAUUACACAGAGACCAGUCGGUUGGCCCAUUCAAAAGAACAUUGAGAUUAAAGCCGGAGUACCUAACUUUGUUCUCACGGCCGCGGUGUUUGGAGACAAGCCUAAGCCGCCACGCUCCGGGAACUCGAUCCGCUCUGUUCCUUCCGUCCUUCUGCCUCACCUUUUCUCCAGCGCUCCCCUGACACCCUUCUCUGAGCUGCAGGCGCUGACAGACCUGCUGUGGGGGGUUCUGUUCUCACAAAGGGACAGUGUUAAAGAGAAACCCAGAGACAACGGUCAUAGAAAGAUCUCUCUCCGGCACAAGCAGCCGAGCUCACGUGCCUCUUCACAUCUGCCUCCCACGUGUCGCUCCUCUGCCUCUCUCCAAAGGUGCAGCCCAACCAUAACAACACCAGCCAUCACAGCUGCCCUCCCCCCCGACCGCGAGCCUCAGAGGGGGGAGGGCUGA